AUGGCCGAUCCGGUUUCCGACGCCCCUGCUAUGGACGAGUUCGCACAGACUCGAGGUGGUGAUGAUCUUUUCGACGAUGAGAUUGUCCCUGUCCCCGCAGCAGAACAGAAGCCCGUGCCGGAAGUGCAUGAGGACCCUGCCCCCGUCCCUGCUGUCGAGAACGAUGCACAACCAGCUCGGACUGAUACCCCGCCACGGUCGCGUGGGGGUGAGAGACGAGGACGGGGUCGAGGCAGAGGACGCGGUGGACGGGGAUCGCAUAAUUCAGGCCGUCGGGGCGAUGGACCUGUGAAAACCAAGCCCGCUGAGAGUCCUACGGAGCGUGGGGACAAAAGUGCGGAGAACUCGACUCCUGAGACGCCUGCUGAAGGAGAGCAGACCGGGAAGGAGGAUACAACGGCGGAUUCUAAACAGGCCGCUGGAGCGGAGGGCCCGCGUGUGCCUGCGGUUCGUGGAGACAGAAGUGCUACCGGUGGACUUAAGAAGCCGAAGCUUACGGAAGAGGAACUGUCUCGACGCAUUGCUGCCGCCAAGGAGAACGCUGCUAAAGUUGCUGCUGCGCAUGCUCGUGCUGAAGCUGACCAAGCAUCGUUCCUUGAGCGCGAGAAGGUCGCUGAGGAGAAGCGCCGUCAGGAACGCCAACAUCGUCGGGUCAUGGACAACGAGCGGGAGCGUAACCGACUGCGCAAAUUGAAUGCCUUGAAUGGACGGGAGUGGGAUGCGGAGAAGAAGGAGGAGAACUACAAUGGCCGUGGUGGUGGUAAGCAGUUCCGGCGUGGUAUGCAUGGCGGUGUGUCUGGAUACGCUCGACGCGACUUUGAUUCGCAACCCGGCGAAGAUCUGCUCAACGAUGACAGUCAGCCUCAUCACUAUCGGGGUCGUGGACGUGGUGGCAGGGGUGGACGCGGCCGGGGAGGACAUCGCGGGCCUCGAGGAGAAACAACACUGGAUGGCGCCUCUGACCAGCCUACUACAGGCAAGUCCAAGCCCGAAGCACCUGCUCCAGUCAUCACCAACGAACUCGAAUUCCCUGCACUGCCUGGCAGCGAGAAGAAGAGCGGUGACGGGGCGCCUGCUACUCCCGACCUGCUGAAAUCGGACUCCUUGUCUCCGGUAGCAGGCACCAGCUGGGCCGAACAAGUCGAGUCCCAGUAA